UAGCUUCUUCGUUCGCCGGAGAAUAACUGGAAUAACCUUCAGGAGAAGUCCGGACACGACAUGGCGAUCGGAGACUACCCGGCCGAAUAUAAUCCCAAAGUUCACGGGCCCUACGACCCGGCGCGCUACUACGGCAAGCCGGACACUCCAUUCUCUGAGUUGAAGCUUACAGAGAUCGGGUCUUGGCUGGCGAGGAGGAAGAAGUCGCCCCAAUCCGUAGCCGGUCUGUUCAGCCGAGUGUACUGGCGCUGGCAGCAGAAGUAUGUGCUCCCCAGGAGGGCGGGCAUAGUCGGGGCGGCCCAGUUCUGCGUAGCCUGGAGUGCCUUGUUCUACUGGAUCAACUACAACAAGCUGAAGCAUGAACGUCGUUUCAAGUACCACUAAGCGACGGCACCGAGAGACGACUUGGCCGCCAAGGACCACACAGAAUGCUCCGAGCGGGGCUUAGGAGAUUGUCGAUCCAAUAAAAAGAGCACACAGUCAGAGGCA